UAAAAAAAAAGAAAAAAGACAGAUAAAGGUCUCCAGAGAAAUAAAAACAUCUCAGUGUUGUGAUAUUUAAGGAUCAGUAAACUUUAACAUAAGCAUUUAUUGUCACAAAAAGACGUUAGAAAAGAUUAAAGAGAUGAUGAGAGGUACAGGACGUGUCACUGUACGCCGAGUGUAAACGGUUACGGAGGUGAGACGAAACAGACGCAGGUCAGGGUUCUCUGCGUUAACGACGUUAACUGAAGAUCUUCAAUGAAAUAUCUUGCUACCUGGAGCCUGAAUAUUGACAUAAGUGUAAAUAAUGAAACUCGGGUGUAAUUUUAUGCUCCGUUAAUCCUCGAACAUCCUCGAAAAUUAACUUAAAGAAAGCAGAUUUUUAAUGACGUUAAAUUUCGAUUAGUUUUCGAGUGUCCGCUUCGGUUUCGAGUCCAAACCCACACAAGGAGGAUUCCAGCUCGUAUAUAAAAAAAAAAAAAGCUGAGUAAUAAAGUGCGAUCUUUCGUAAUUUAGUUCCAGAGGACAAAGAGAAUAGAGAGAGAAAGAGAACAGAGAGAGUGGGGGGAAAAAGAGAGAGAGAGAGAUGUUUUGUCCUGACGUGGAGCUGGUGUGUGUAUAUAAAGCGGUGAGGAGUGGUACGGAGCAUCAGAGAGCCGAGCUGCAGAACACAACCGUCUCACUUCACCUCAGCAGAACCCAGCGCCGAUCCUCAGGAUGCACAAGUGUAUUGUUGGUGUGUGUAUCACGCUGGUGUUUUGCGCAGUCUUGACCGAGACGCUGGGAAUGGUCAUCGCGGCGAAAGAGAAGCGCGGCUGGACCCUCAACAGCGCUGGAUACCUGCUCGGUCCCCGUCGUAUUGAUCAUCUAAUACAGAUAAAGGAUGCUCCCAGUGCAAGGGGGAGAGAAGAGCUGCUUGGUGAAUAUGGCAUCGACAGUUACAGGACGCUCAGCGAUAAACACGGUCUGGCCGGGAAGAGGGACGCAUUCAUGGAAGACGACAUCAAAUCUGGUGCCCUGAGAAUAGCAGACGAAGACAUCCUGCACACCAUUGUAGACUUCCUGUCUUUCCUAAAGCUGAAAGACAUGGGCGCUCUCGACAGCCUGCCCUCCUCGCUCACUUCAGACGAAUUCACUCAGCCCUGAACCUCGGAUAUCUCUCCGCCCAACGA